GAGACGCGCGAGCUGCUUCAAACAGUCACUCACAGCCCGAGACUCCAGCACGCGACGCUCCGCCAGGCACUGCGCAUCCUCUCUCUCUGUUUCACAUCGCUUCAGUCGUAAGGGAGGGAGAGAGGCGUCUGAGGAGGAAUCGAAGGUGAGGUUUGGACCACAGCCGGCGAGGUGGAGGAGAUCGCGCGCCUCGUACACAUUUGAAGGAUGCGCUGCCGCGCGCAACGGCGCGUCCUGUAGAGAUACAGCGAGCUUGCGGGAUUGAAGCGUCAGGGUUUCUUUCUCUAUCCAUGUUUGGCUUUGUGCAAGAAAACCUGUCACUAUCUGACACUCCGUGAGCACACAGCAUCACUUUACGGACGGAAGAAGAGGAAGGCAGGAGUGGGCUGUUUCUCUUCUCGCAAACAUCCAGAGCACUGCUUUAAUGAAGAAACAGACCUACUAACAAUCUCACGGAAGGGACCCUCCAGAACAAGUAUGGGGUCACCAUGGAAACCACUUCUCCUGCUGUCAGUUAUCAGCGGCCUAGCAGGUGCAUCGACACACAGCGCAGAUGUUCUCCGGAGCUCUUCCACUCUCGCGGGUUCAUCCCCAGAUUUUGCUAGAGCCGUUGCUGGUAGACCUGUAUCAUACGCUGCAGUGCUGCGGAUGAAGGCAGACAGUUCCUCAUCCUCUUCGCUCAACUCCAGGAUGAGGUUAAGGAACAACCAUGGAGUGGGAUCAUCUAGUCAGGAUUGGCCUCCGUUUUCCAGACACAGAUACUUGGCCCUCAGCUCACAGGAGGACUACAGGAGCGAAGAGAGCGAAGAGUUCGGUCCAGUGUUCAUUCAGGAGCCAGAUGAUGCAAUCUUCUCCCUGGAUUUGGAUGAUAAGAAAGUGAUAAUGAAUUGUGAAGCCAGAGGAAACCCUGUUCCGACCUACAGUUGGCUGAUCAACGGAACCGUUGUGGAUGCAGAAGCAGAUUUCCGCUACAGUUUGAUUGAUGGGACCUUAAUAAUACACAAUGCAAGCGAGGCCAUUGAUUAUGGGAGAUACCAGUGUAGAGCUGAAAACAGCAUCGGCACCGUCCUGAGUCGAGACUCCCUCCUGCAGUUUGCCUAUCUCGGGGCAUUCAGCGGUCGGGCGAGAGGAGCUGUUUCGGUGAGGGAAGGCCAGGGUGUUGUGCUAAUGUGUGCCCCCCCUCCUCAUUCGCCAGAGAUCAUCUACAGCUGGGUGUUCAAUGAGCUUCCCUCGUUCGUGGCAGAGGACAGCCGGCGAUUCAUCUCGCAGGAAACGGGAAAUCUGUAUAUCUCCAAGGUGCAGCCCUUGGACGUGGGCAGCUACGUGUGCCAAGUGAAGAACACUGUGACCAACGCCAGGGUCCUGAGCCCACCGACGCCUCUGACUCUCAAAACAGAUGGAGUGAUGGGGGAAUACGAGCCCAAAAUUGAAGCGCAUUUUCCCCAGACAGUGCUGGCAGCCAAAGGCAUCACAGUGAGGCUGGAGUGCUUUGCCCUUGGGAAUCCUGUCCCCACUAUCACCUGGAGGAAGAUGAGUGGGAACAUCCCCAAAAAAGCCCGUCUGCGCAAAUCACAGGCUGUUCUCGAGAUCCCCAACAUCCAGCUAGAGGAUUCUGGGAGUUAUGAGUGUAAAGCUGAGAACACCAGAGGUGGCACUGCCUUCAGAGGACACCUCCAGGUCUACACUCUGCCGCAGUGGAUCAGCAUGAUAAAUGACACUCAACUGGACAGCGGAGAGCAGCUCCAUUGGGAGUGUCGAGCCACUGGAAAGCCCAGGCCCACAUAUCGCUGGCUGCGCAAUGGAGAACCUCUCAACUCACAGAGCAGAGUGGAAAUGGUGAAUGGGGAGCUUAUCAUUCACAGACUACAGCAGGCUGAUUCGGGAAUGUACCAGUGCAUCGCCGAGAACAAGUACGGAGCCAUCUACUCCAGCGCAGAGCUCAAAAUACUAGCGUCAGCUCCCAUGUUCAGCACCAACCCUAUCCGGCUCAUCGCAACCGUCGGAAAAGACGUGUCUCUGGAGUGCCGUCCACGUGCAUCACCCAAACCCAGAAUCUCAUGGAGGAAAAACGAUAGGAGAGUCCAGCCCAGCCGAAGGAUCAUGUUGCUUCGGAAUAACACCCUCCGCAUCAUUAACUCCAGCCGCUCGGAUGAGGGAAGCUACGUGUGCCGUGCGGAAAACCAGUUCGGUUCAGCGGAGUUGACGACCGUGCUUCUGGUGAAAGAGCCAAUGCGGGUGGAGUUGAGCCCCAUCCGGGUGGAGGUGACAGUGGGAGAGAGCGUGGUGCUCAGCUGUAAAGUCACUCAUGACCCCUCGCUGGAUGUGUCCUUCCUCUGGCUACUCAACAACCAACCGCUCAACACCCAGCAGGAGGGCGGUCACUUUGAGUACAUUCAAACACAGUCCUCCACAGCAGACCUGAUGAUCAGGAGCAUCCUCCUGAAGCAUGCUGGGAAAUAUGGCUGUCGUGCUCAGACGAGUGCAGACAGUGUGCUUGCAGAAGCUGAGCUGCUGGUUAGAGGCCCUCCUGGACCUCCUGGAGUGGUGAUUGUAGAGGAGAUCACGGAUACCACGGCGACGUUGUCAUGGAGCCACGGAGUUGACAAUCACAGUCCAAUCACCACCUACAAUGUACAGGCACGAAGCCCUGUCUCUCUGGGCUGGCAAACGGUGAAAACCGAUCCAGAGCCGGUGACAGGAAACAUGGAGUCUGCCAUGGCAGUGGAGCUCAACCCCUGGGUGGAGUAUGAGUUUCGGGUGGUGGCCACGAACGGCAUAGGCACAGGCGACCCGAGCACCCCCUCCAGAGCGGUCCGCACUAAGGAAGCAGUUCCGUCAGUAGCCCCUGCCAACGUGAGAGGGGGGAAUGGCCGCAGGCAUGAGCUGGUCAUAUCCUGGGAGCCCGUCUCUGAAGAAUUCCAAAAUGGAGAAGGUUUUGGCUACAUCGUGGCAUUCCGAGCCAACGGCACACGUGGAUGGAAAGAGAAGAUGGUGACCUCGGCAGACUCCACCACCUAUAAAUACAGAGACGAGACCUUCCCCCCUCUCACCCCGUUUGAGGUGCGGGUGGGGGUGUAUAACAACAAAGGAGAUGGGCCCUUCAGCGAUGUGGUUACUGUGUUCUCUGCAGAGGGAGAGCCCAGGGAGCCUCCUUCAGAAGUGCAGGCGUUCGCCAUAUCCUCCUCUGAAAUUAAAGUGAUGUGGAAGCCGCCCAAUCCUGGCCCUGGAAGACCCCAAGGAUAUGAGGUGAGCUCCUGGAAGGACAUGGAGCAGGAGGAGAUGGGGAAGAAGAAGAGGACAACGGGGAAUGAGACGACCAUGCUGCUGACAGGGCUGGAUGGAAACACACAGUAUCUUAUCUCUGUGAAGGGAUUCAACACCGUCGGUCAAGGACCAGCCAGCUCACCCAUCAAGAUUAGCACAAAAAAAAAUGCCCCAAGUCUACCCCCAGGCAACCUGAUGUGGAUUCAGGAGGGGAACAAUGUAUCUCUAUCCUGGGAUCCAGUGAAAGCAAGGGACAAUGAGUCAGAAGUCAUUGGUUACAAGGUAUUAUUGCGUCAAGAGGGACGGGGCCACAGCCAAGUCAUGAGGACUCAAAACUCAGCCGUGGUCCUGACGCUUCCUGAGGGGGGCACAUACAUCAUCGAGGUGCGCGCAGUCAGUGAAGGGGGUGAAGGAGCCGCCAGCGCUCAGGUCAGAGUGCUCACCUCCUCAGGAGUGCGUGCGAAGAGUGGACAGCUCUCUGUCCAUAAUCUGCCUCCAGGCUUGGCAUGGACUGCUCUUUUCCUGUCAUUAAUGGUGCCUUCUUUUCCCUUGUGAGGCUACUGGGUCAUGUACUGUUCCUUUAAACCUUCCCCCUGCCUUCCUUCUAAAGACCACUCCCAGCCACCCCUGUAUGAAGGGGAUGGGCUGUCCCUCCUCCACACAGACUGCCUGCUUUGGCCUGUACCAUCAGCAGGACCUAAGGGCCAGCCAAAGGAAAGCGCUUCUUUUCCAAGCAUCAAGAGAUGCCUCCAAAUCCGAACAACUCCAUUGUUUUUUUCUGGCCAUAUUUGUUUCCAGAUUUCUGUUUGGGAUAUCAUUGUAGUAUUGUGCUGUGCAAAGUAUGGAGACAGUUGUUUAAAAUCUCCACAAAGCUGUAAGAGACGUUUUUUUAGGGACUGCCUUCUGGAACAGCUCUCCAAACCGCUGAGGCCGCCCGCUGCUCUGUGCCGCUGUGGCUUCCCUUGUUACAUUACUGAAUCCAUUUGACCCUUUGGCUGCCCGACAAGCAAACACAGAGUAAGCUCAGUAGAAAUAAGUGCAUUGUUUUCUUAUUCACAAGAGGAGAGUGUGGAGACAAAAAAAAAAAAAAAAACAUUUUUAUAGUGCCGAAAAUCUUACUAUUUCCAGACUUGCUUUUUGUACAUUGUGUUACCUUUAGAGAAACAAAAAAAUGUGGAACAGUGGUGUGUUUCGGUCGGCUGCGUCUUGAGUUUUUGAACUUCAGUUUUCAUUUUUAUUAUGUUCGGUGGGUAUUGAGAACUAGCAAGGUUGCUGGGCAACAGGGGGACUGAUGGACAAACCAGAGAUAAAGGGUUUGGACUCCACUUGUCGUGCCCAAACAUUUCUGUAGACAAAGACCAAGGCUGAUCUGUAACAGUUGAAAUAAAUGUGAUGUAUAUUUUUAAAAGGCCUCCGGUGUGUGUGUUCUUGGAGAAGAGGAGCGGUGGAAGGUCUCGUAAUUUGAUUUUGAAAGUCACUGUCUCAACAAAGUUUGUUGGACAUAGAAUUGAGUUUUAAGAUAAUUAUUUUCUCAAUAAUGAUUCUGUCUAGACAGUGCAAGUGUCUAGAUAAGUGACCUGAAGGCCUUCUUUACACUUGCUAUUAACAUGCAUUUGUAGUGAGUGGAUCACAAUCAGCAAUAGUUCACCCAUAAAUGAAAAUAUGCUUAAAAUUUAAGCCAAGCCAUCCAAGAUGUAGAUUAGUUUGUUUGUUCAUCAGAACCGCCAGAAAUGGAGUCCAAACAGCUGAUACAAGCAUUACAAAAAUCCACAAGCAAUCCACACUCUCCUGUAAAGUCUUGUGAAGUGAAACGCUGCAAGAAACAAAUUCAUCAUUAAGAUGUUUUAACUUCAAACCAUUGCUUCUGGACAAAAUACCAGUCCAUGAUCCAUAACAAUGCUUCUUCUAGUGCAAAAGUCCAUCCCCACUCUCACAUCAAAAUCCACCAACAUACUUGUUUAGAGCUGUUUUAGGCUGAUUUUGCUAAUAAACAGUGCUUGAUCUAUGUAUAUUUCUCUCCUGAGUCAGACAAAAUGGAUUAUUUCACAAUAUCCUGGCUUAUGGACAAUGGUUUGAAGUUAAAAACAUAUUGAUGGAUAUGUUUCUUAAAAGCAGGCAACUUUUCACUAUACAAGACUUUAUUGAUGGGCUGGAGUCAUGUGGAUUGUUGUGAUAUUUUUAUCAACUGUUUGAACUCUCAUUGUGACGGCAAGUGAUGUAAUGCUAAAUUUCUCCAAAUCUGUUCCAAUGAAGGAACAAACUCUUCUACAUCUUGGAUGGCCUGAGGGUGAAUUUUCAACAAAUUUUCAUUUUUGGGUGAACUAUUCCUUUAAAGUCAAAUGUAAAUGUAUCAUAAAUGCAUUGUGAUCACUGAAACAACAUUCGGGAGUCAGGAAUGGAUUCUGACCACAGCAAUAUUUAUUAUUCAUGGAUUUUCCGAUCUG